GAGGUUCGCCACGUGACCGCGGGCCGGCCGCUGCGUCACCCCGGGGCUGGGACGGGGUGCACUUUUAAAGCGAGGCCGUCCGGCCCGGCAGGGAGCCGUCGCUGUCGCUGUCGCUGUCGGAACAGGAGCAGAGGCCGAUUUCCGCCGCCCGGAGCCUCGCUGCGUUUGCAAAGCCGUCUGCCACUGCCUGCCCUCGCCCAUCCACAGAGACAGCAUAUCUGCAUCUACGUCCAAGUGAUGCCAGGAGACAAGUGGUUUGCCACAGGGAGUCCGGAGGGAGCCUCCAUUGUGCAAGUCCGUGAAGAAGCACACUGGCCUUUUCCUUCCCUGAUGGAUCCCAGGGACGAUCAGGUCAUUGCGGGCAUCCUCAAGGAGCCCGGGAAGGAGAAGCUGAGCGUCCGGCAGGCGAUGCACAGGGGCCUCCUCACGCAUGGGACAGGCCUGGCUUUGCUGGAGCACCAGGCUGCCUCUGGCUACAUCAUCGACUGUGCAAAGAACCGGAUGCUGUCCGUAAGAGAUGCCAAGAACGCUGGGCUGCUGGACCGGGACCACUUCAACACGCUCUUGAUUGCGGAGAAGGCUGUGACAGGCUACACGGAUCCCUUCUCAGGGAACAAAAUCUCCCUCUACCAGGCCAUGAGGAAAGGCCUCCUCAUCAAAGACCACGGCAUUCGCCUGCUAGAGGCCCAGGUUGCCACAGGGGGGCUCAUCCAUCCUAUGCACAGCCACCGCCUCCCUGUGGAAGUGGCCUACAAGUGGGGCUACCUGGACGCUGAAAUUUUCCACCUGAUCUCGAACCCUGCCAACCACACAAAGAGAUGCUUUGACCCCAAUGCCCGUGAGAAUCUCACAUACCUGCAGCUCCUCCCUCGCUGCAUCCUUGACCCGGAUACCGGGCUGUUGAUGUUUCAGGUAAUGGACAAGGGAUGCAUCCAUCUGGAUGAGAGCGCACGGAAGUCUCUGAAGUCUGCCACCGUUAAGGUCCAGGUGGGCAUUUUCCAAGGCCAGGAAGUCUCUCUGUGGGAUCUUCUCUUCUCCAGGUAUGUCCUUCAGAGCAAGCGGAAAGAGCUACUGAAGCAGUACAAAUCUGGCUCCAUAACUCUUCACGAUAUGACCCAGGUGCUGACCUCUAUCAUCGACGAGGCGGAGACCAAAAGCAAGUCAAAGCCCAUCCAAGCUGUGUUUUUGCGAGAGAGAAACAAAGGCAGCUCUGAGUGGGAAAUCAUAGAGAAGAUCCUGAAGGCCAGGAUGGUCACGAUGCCAGCUGGUGAGUUCUGUGGACGCAAGGUCUCCGUGUGGGAUUUGCUCCACUCCAAGUACAUCCCUAAAGGGAAAAAGAAGGAGCUCCUAAAGCUGUUUGGGACAGGUGUUCUCACUAUUGACCAGAUGGAAAUAGUGGUUACUGCCAUUGUAGCAAAAGUGGAGGAAGAGAAGGCCAAAGUGUUGGGUCAGAUGGCUGGUGCAGGCCAGGAGGAAGGGAGCAGAUGUGACUCCCAGGAGACACAAAUGCAACAAUCCUUAAAGAUGAUCCAGAUCCCGGUAACAUCUGGGCAAUUUAAAGGACAAAACAUGUCUGUGCUGGAUCUUCUCUUUUCUAAAUAUUUUUCCCAGGAGAAAAGGCAGGAGCUGUUGCAGCUCUAUGGAACAGGGGUACUUAGCCCUAAACAGCUGGUGGAAGCUGUUAGGAGCACACUGGAAAAAGUAGAUGCUGGUAGGAGGAAGUUCACGGUAAGAAUUAAGGGUCGAAGCCAAGAAGCACCAGGGGUCAAGGAAGUCAUGGCGGCGAGGUCCUCAGCCCCCCAGCAGCCAGAUGAUGUGCUCAAGGCCAAAAUGGUCACAAUACCUGCUGGAGAGUUCCGGGGUCAGCAGAUGUCUGUGUGGGACCUCCUCUCUUCUCAGUACAUCACCAGAGACAAAGGGGAGGAACUCCUGAGGAAGUACAGGGAAGGCGUCUUUACUGUGCAAGAGCUUGCAUCCAUGCUCACUGUCCUGGCUUCGCUGCAUGACCUCUUCCAUACUUUGGAGCAAACAGCUCCCAGAACGGGUGCAAAGCCUUCAGGCCGGGGCUCGCUUGGCCCUCCCACUGCAUCCUUGGAGGGGGAAGAAGAGGAGGAGGAAGAGGAGGAGGAAGAGGAGGAGGAGGAGGAGGAGGACAGUGGUGAUGAAGACCAGAAGAAGAAGGAUAAGGUCUUGAAACUGAGAAUGGUAGAGGUCCCUGUGCGGGAAUUCUCUGGACGAAAGGUCUCCGUGUGGGACUUGCUCCACUCCAGGUACUUCCCAGAGAAGAAGAGGAAGGAGGUCUUGAAACUGUACAGAAUCGGAAUUCUCUCAGCUGACCAAAUGGAAACAAUCGUCAGGGCUGUGGUAACCAAACUAGGUGAAGGAAAAGCUCAGGAAGACCAGCAUGGAAGCAGCCCUCCAAGCCGAAGCUUAGGCACCCUGAAAGAGGCAGGGGGGGUUGACCUCUCCACAGACAGGCUCAGGGAGAAAACCAUGGAAAGUCUAACCUUUGAGUUUCCUGUGGGUGAAUUCCAAGGCCGGAGGGUGACGGUGUGGGACCUGCUGUUCUCCAGCUACGUCCCUGAGGCCAAGAGGCAGGAGCUUCUCACCAAGUAUGCCACAGGAGCGCUGCACAACCAGGACAUGGUCGCUGCCCUCACUGCCCUUAUCACAGAGGCGCACAGUCAGAGGAGUGUCCUCGGUGUCCCGCCGCUGUUCCCUCUGCUGCCCCGGGAGGCUUCGUACAUGUUUGCCCCCCCCAGGGCUUCCAUGCAAGACCUCCUGUGCCCUCAGGAACAAGAAGCCCAUAACAAUGGGAAGGUGACGUACAGUGAAGUCACCAUGACCACCACUGUGGUUCAGGGGGCUGAGCAAAAGCCAGAAUAGCCCCGGGGCAAUGGGCAGGGUCUGGAGCAAGAAGUUUUACUCUGGAUGCUGUGGCGGCUGAACGCCUGCAGCAGCCCUGAGGGGAAGGGGCAGGAAGGUGCUUGGGCAGGGGAGGGUCCACUGCCAAUACGAGGCAGUCAUGGGAGGGAGGGUCUUCUUAGGGCAUAGAGGGGGAACUGAUCCAGGCAACCAGUUGAAGGCUGAGCCAUUCGUUAGUGCACAUAGGCUGGUCUGUGCCACGUCUUAGGCUAGGUUGGAGUGGGGGUGGACCACCGGGGUGUAGGCAAACAGGGCAUCACGUUAAGCCACUGUGGUGCUCGUCUGGGCAUCACACAUUAUGGGAAGACAGGCAUUUGCUUUGGUAACCAGGGCUGAGACUUUAGUGUGAAGCGCAUCUGCCCCAGACCCUGUUAGGGUGGAAGGACCUGAGCGGGGGUGGUGGGUCUUGCAUCUUUGCCCGUGAGCCCCCAGCCUGCAAACUCAGCAGGAAUGGGAAGGGACCCAUAGCCUGGCAGUUUGCCCUUCCCCUUGGCUGGGGCUGGCAAGGAGGAAACUGCGCUUCUCGGAGCGGCAGCAGGGACUGCCCAUCGGCUGCAUGCCAGUGCGUGCUGAACAGAGCCAGGCAUCAUGAACUGGCACAGCCCCAUGUCUAGAGGUGGAUGGUUUUCGUCCCUGGAUUCCCCCCCAAGAUUUUGCAAAGGCUAAACUGUGCCCAGGGCCCCCAUCCAUCCUGGCUAGCCCCAGGUCACCAGGUGGAGGAUCAGCCUGACCUGCUGGCUAACUCUCUGGCCAGUGAGUCGUGAGGGGCUGCCCCCUUUCUUUCACUGGGGGAAGCACAUCGAAAGGCCACCAAGGACUUGGGGAGGCCUUAGCCUGCUUCCGUUGGGGCCACUGCUCUACUGGAGGACGAGGGGCUGCCAGGGGCCAGGAUCGGGGGCAACAGAGGCCCCUACCCUGCUGUCAGAGGGAAACCCACUCUGCACUCUGCUCUCCCGGGCCCCCCCUGCUUCUCUGCCCGGUUCUGGCUUCGGGAACUGGGCAAACCAUCCGCCCCAUCCUCCUCUGCCUGACCUGGGCCGGUGUGGGCUUCUGCCGCCUCCUCUGCCUCUGCGGACAGACAACUGGCCCCAUCUCCUGGCUGCGGCAAGUGCUUGGCCUUCCCUGGCAAGCAGGCCUCACUCACCUGUGGGGUGGAAAAAAGCUGGUGCUCUGGCAGGAGACUUUAUGCACUUCCCCUUGUGGAACCAGA